GACCGCGACUGCGACGAGCUCGUCACCGUCGACUGCUACAACCCGCGCACCGGCCACUGGCGCUACCUGGCCGAGUUCCCCGAGCACCUGGGCGGGGGCUACAGCGUCGCCGCGCUGGGCAAUGACAUCUAUGUCACCGGGGGGUCAGAUGGAUCCAGGCUGUACGACUGUGUCUGGAGGUACAACUCCAGUGUCAACGAGUGGACGGAGGUGUCUCCCAUGCUGAAGGCCAGAGAGUACCACAGCUCCACAGUCCUGGACGGGCUCCUGUACGUGAUCGCCUCGGACAGCACGGAGCGUUACGACCACACGGUGGACAGCUGGGAGGCCCUGCAGCCCAUGCUCUACCCCAUGGACAACUGCUCCACCACCUCCUGCCGCGGCAAGCUGUUUGCCAUUGGCUCCCUGGCUGGCAAAGAGUCCAUGGUUAUGCAGUGCUAUGACCCCGACAGUGACCUCUGGUCCCUUGUCAACUGUGGCCACCUGCCUCCCUGGUCCUUUGCCCCAAAGACCGUCACUCUCAACGGCCUUGUGUACUUCAUACGAGAUGACUCUGCUGAAGUGGAUGUUUACAAUCCAGCAAAAAAUGAGUGGGACAAAAUCCCUGCCAUGCUUCAGGUUCACGUUGGAGGGAGCGUGGCCGUGCUCGGUGGGAAGCUGUAUGUGUCUGGUGGCUACGACAACACGUUUGAACUCUCAGAUGUCUUGGAAGCCUAUGACCCUGAGACGCGGACGUGGAGCGUGGUGGGCCAGCUCCCUGAGCCCAUCUUCUGGCACGGCAGCGUCAGCAUAUUCCGGCAGUUCAUGCCAGAGACCACGCAGGAGGACGACAGCAUCACUCUUGACAACACCAUCAACUUGAACAGGCAGCGCCAAAACCUCCACAGCUAG